AUGGAGUGGCUGGGACAUGCAAAGAUUGGAUUUACCCAUUCUCCAAAUCCCAUCGCCCUCAAAAGUAAAGAUGGCUCAACAACAGAUCUUCUUAAGAUUUGCGAAGAGUCCACACCACCAUGUCGUCUCAACCCCCUUUUAUUCAAUGGUCACCUACAAACAAUGUGGACAGUCAUAAAGAAUGACGGACCUCCUAUCUUCUAUAAACGAAAGUUAUUUGAAAAUGAAGACCCAGCCUACCAAGGCUCUUUUGCCGUUGAUUUUGUAGUCCAUGAGCCAUAUUCAGAAGUUGAUGAUUCUUUACCCAUUCGAACUACCUACUAUACGGAUGAAGAGUUCUCGGGAAUCGCAUCAUUGGAUAGUCGGCCAAUGCUCGUGACUUUACAUGGACUUUCAGGCGGCUCUUACGAAAUCUAUCUCAAGCAUGUACUGGAACCUUUGAUUGGAGCCGAUCAUGCUUCCAAGUGGGAAGCAUGUGUUAUCAAUAGUCGUGGAUGUGCCAAACACAAAAUUACGAGCAGCCACUUGUACAAUGCGAGGGCUACAUGGGAUACUCGGCAAACGAUUGCUUGGCUCAGAAAGACCUUCCCUAACAGACCUCUGUUUGGUAUUGGGUUUUCACUCGGGGCGAAUAUUCUUACCAAUUACAUUGCCGAAGAAGGAGAUGCGUGCGUCCUCAAAGCCGCUGUUGUUUGUUCCAACCCAUGGAAUUUGGACGCCGGAUCUCUAGCUCUGCAAAGGACUUGGAUUGGACGAGAGGUCUACUCCAAGACCAUGGGUAGCAAUAUGAAGAGGCUGAUUGAAAUUCACCAUGAUCAAAUCAGCAAAAACCCGGAUAUCGACUUCGACAAGAUUAGAAACAUUACAUAUCUUCACGAAUUUGAUCGACAAAUUCAAGGUCCAGCUUGGGGCUAUCCUACAGAAGGUGCAUACUACCGAGAUGCAUCAUCAACGGAUUCCCUCCUCGCUGUGAGAAUUCCUCUCUUCGCCAUAAAUGCUGAAGAUGACCCUAUCGCCACCGGCGAAUGCUUACCGCGCGAAGAAGUCAAGAAGAAUCCAUACACGGUAUUGUGUACCACGUCUUUAGGUGGUCAUUUAUCAUGGUUUGAGAUUGGUGGUCAUAGAUGGCAUGCCCGCCCAUGCGUCAAUUUCCUAAACAAAAUGGCCUUCGAAGUACAACUUGACACAAUUGUUCCUCCUGAUGAACACGCAUCCACUGAUUUGAGCCCCCCUCGUCCUAAAUUUCAACCAAUGGUACGAAAGUGGACUUGA